AUUCAGCAGCAUGGACAAAAAGGAGGUCAAAGGUUCUGGUCCGGAUGGGAGCAGCUUCUCCGAGAUUCCCAAGAAACCGUCACCCAGCAGCAUGAGCAGAGGUGCUCACCACCUUUUCCCGUUCCACAGCCCCAUCGACACSAGGCACCAUGAGGGCCGGUACCAUUACGAGCCACACCCGCUCCACGCCAUGCACAGCCCCCCAGGACUGACAGGAAGUCCAGCCAUCACAGACAUUUCUCUGAUUCGACUCUCCCCACACGCUGCGCCUGGGCCCGGCGAGUCCCCGUUCAGCCUGCCYCAUCCGUACAUCAGCCCUCACAUGGACCAGUACCUCCGCUCAGUCCAUGGCAGUCCAACCCUGUCCAUGAUCUCAGCGGCACGAGGACUGAGCCCGGCUGAAGUGACCCAUGAGCAUCUGAAGGACCGGGCCCUGUUCAGCUUCCCCCCUCCACCGCCGGGGGCCAACCCCUCGGAGUACUACCACCUCAUGGCCAGCGCCAGCCAGAGAAGCCCCUACGGCGACCUGCUGAUCCAGAACGGCACAACGGCCACAGCGGUUCAUCUGCCGGAUUACAUCGGCCCUGUGGACGUGUCCCAUUUCUCCAGCCCAAGGUUGACGCCCCGGCUGAACAGGAAGAGGGCGCUGUCCAUCUCCCCACUGUCGGACGCCAGCAUUGACCUGCAGACCAUGAUCCGCACGUCGCCCAACUCCUUGGUAGCCUACAUCAACAACUCGCGCUCCAGCUCAGCAGCCAGCAGCUCCUAUGGACACCUGUCCGUGGGGGGACUCAGCCCGACCUUCAGCUUCCCUCACUCCCUCAACCCUGUGGCCUACCAGCAGCUCCUGUCCCAGCAGAGACCRCUCAACGCCUUCGGCCACACRGCCCCCCUCCUGCAGCCACCGCCGCCCUCUUUCCCCAUCCGCCAGCACCCCAACACUAUGUCCUCCAUGUCUGCAAAGGUGAACCAGAGCUCCGGUGGAGAUUCGGCGGUCAGCAGCACAGUCAAUCCGCUGAACACCAAGAGGACCAAGGUGAAGACUGAAGCAGAGGGUCCAGUUCCCAUUUCACCGUCCGCUCAGGACCAGGCCGGAGGAGUCCUGGACCUCAGCGAAGAUCUGGACAAGGACGAGUGCAAGCAGGAGCCAGAGGCCGUUUACGAGACCGACUGCCACUGGGACGGCUGCAGCAGGGAGCACGACACCCAGGACCAGCUCGUCCAUCACAUCAACAACGACCACAUCCACGGAGAGAAGAAGGAGUUCGUGUGCCGCUGGGAGGACUGUUCCCGGGAGCAGAAGCCCUUCAAGGCCCAGUACAUGCUGGUGGUCCACAUGAGGAGACACACCGGCGAGAAGCCGCACAAAUGCACGUUUGAGGGAUGCUUCAAGGCUUACUCUCGCCUGGAGAACCUGAAGACUCACCUCCGGUCCCACACCGGCGAGAAACCGUACGUGUGUGAGCACGAAGGCUGCAACAAGGCUUUCUCCAACGCCUCGGAUAGGGCCAAGCAUCAGAACCGCACACACUCCAAUGAGAAACCGUACGUCUGUAAAAUCCUCGGCUGCACCAAGCGCUACACCGACCCCAGCUCCCUCAGGAAGCACGUCAAGACGGUUCACGGACCCGACGCCCACGUCACUAAGAAGCAGCGGAGCGACGCGCCGCCUAGACUGCCCCCUAGAGGAGACGGGGAGAACGAGGCCAAGCAUGGCCCGGCGGGCGCAGACAGGAAGACGGAGGCCAACGGCGCAUCCAGAGGAGGAGACGAGCGGCUGCAGGUCAAACCAAUCAAGCUGGAGAACUCUGUGACGCAUCAGUCCAGUCCUGGCGGCCAGUCAUCGUGCAGCAGCGAGCCGUCGCCUCUCGGCAGCGCCAACAACAACGACAGUGGGGUAGAGAUGGCCAUGUACAGCGGGGGCAGCUUCGGGGACCUCAGUGCGCCGGACGAGGGUCCCACGGUCGACUCCACAAUCCCCGCCGGGGCGCCGCAGGCAGGAAUGGGGCUUCAGCUGAGGAAAUCGGUGGCUCACGGAGGAGCGGUCACCAUCAAGCUGGAGAACAUCAAGCAGGAGAGGCUGAAGGCGGUGCGGGAGACCUGCAGCUGGGCUACCAGCAGACCACAGGGCAUAAAGCUUCCUCCCAUCCCUGCAGCUGGUUCCUUGCUAGAGACGAGCAGCCUCCACGCUCCGUACGCUGCCCAACCCACUGGGGAACUGACUUCCUGCGACAUAACGCUGCUGAACCAGCUCAACGACCGCCGCGACAGCAUCACCAGCACCAUCAGCUCAGCCUACACCUUCAGUCGACGCUCCUCCGGCAUCUCGCCCUGCUACUCUAGCCGGCGCUCCAGUGAGGCAUCCCAGUUUGGCGCUAACCGCCACAACAACAUCAGCUCAGCCGACUCGUACGACCCGAUCUCCACCGAUCUGUCCAGGCGCUCCAGCGAGGCCAGUCACUGUGGUGUGGGUGUAGCUGGUGGAGGAGCCCUGCCCAGCCUUCUGAGUCUAACCCCAGCCCAGCAUUAUCGGCUCAAAGCGAAGUACGCAGCCGCUAUUGGAGGUGCUCCACCUACUCCUCUCCCCAACAUGGAUCGAAUGAGCCUGAGRACAAGGAUGGCUCUGUACAGCGACUACCAGGAAGGCUCCUCCUUCCUCCAGCCGGCCACCAGCGAUGCAACCCGGCGGUGCAGCGACAUCACCUAUGGCUCACACAGCAUGAUGCCCCAUGAAGUUCCCACCAACCUCCCACGUCGCGCAAGUGACCCUGUCUGCCGUCCACCUCUAGACCCGCCGUCUCUUCCAAGUGGUCAGCGCUACAGCAGCAUGAACAAUGUGAACCCUAUGAAUGCCCCGUCAUCUGCCGAGCGCCAUCAAGCGUUGGCUAUGCAGGGUUACACACGCUCGGAUGGGAGUCUCCAGCGUUACCCGUUCGCCCCGAGACCGCCAAGCAUUUCUGAGAACAUUGCCAUGGAGACCAUGGCAGUCGACGGGCUGAUGAGCAGUGGGGAGCAGAGUGCAGAAGAUGAGAUUGUGCUUCCAGAUGAUGUGGUUCAGUACCUGAGGUCUCAGAGUUCUGGCCCAACAAGUCACAGCUAUAACAGUCAGGGCUACCAGGCCAGCAUGGCUCCUCCGCUGCACUUUCAUGGCCAAAGGAGGAUGGCCAUAGUGGACGCCACCCUGGCACAGUCUGGUCAUGACAUUUCCUACCAGGGAGGUGUCACUGGUUCUCAGCACCUCUUCCCAUCACCACAAGACAAUAAGAACAACAUGCCAGUGCAAUGGAACGAGGUGAGCUCCGGGACGAUGGACACCAAACUCCCCAAACCUCAGCAGCAUCCCAUCAGGAGCAACCUGGCUGCCACUCAGCAAAGGCACAGCUCUGGGGUGCUACAUGCCCCGAGCGGCAACCAGCAGGUCGUCCCGAUAAGCCACAACUUGUCUAUACAGGGGUACCACAGCCUCCAGAGGCCGGGGAAUACCUCCCUCCAGCAUCAGCAGCAGCAGAGACAAUGCAGCUUUAAUGAGCACAUGAGUCAUCAGCAAGGGCUCAGUCAGGAAGGAAGGCUUCGUUCGUUAUCUGGAAGCUCCAGCACAACCCUCAACACUGUGGCUAGCUCUGAACUGCAGAGCUUUAAGACCAGAGCCCAGGCUGAAGGGUGCUGUCAUGGGAACCAAGUGAACCAGGAACAAAACUACAKCAUUCCCCUCAAACAGCAGCAGCAUGUGAUCCAGAACGGAGCCAGAGGGAUGUUACAACCCCGGCCGCCUAACGAGCCCAAGUCCUUCCCCAGACACCACUCAGCCUCUGCGUUGACCCAACCGAGCCCCAGGCUAGUUGAACUGAACCCCGGUAACAUCUGCUCUGAGGCAAGUCCAAARAGGCAGAGCCAGGAGCUGAACCACAGCAGCCCAGCCAACCAGAACUCUGCUGUGUUCUACAUGGCUCAGAUUCACAUGUUUCAGCCUUCGUCUCACAGCAGUGAUGAUGACUCAAUGUCCCCAAGUGCCAAUGAGGCCACCUGCAGCGACAUGGCUGCUGCAGCCGCCAUGGCCUCUCCAGGAGCCAACCAGGUCUCCAGCAGUACCGUUGACUCGUCCACCAGCCGGUCCAGAGCCACAGAGCACACUCAGAUCGACUUCGACACCAUGCUAGAUGACGGAGAUCAUUCCAGCCUGAUGUCUGGGACACUGAGUCCAGGGCUUCUGCAGAGCCUGUCCCAGAGCUCCUCCCGUCUCACCACGCCACGCAAUUCCGUCACCCUGGCGUCUGUCCCAGCUGGGAUCGGCAACAUGGCCAUUGGAGACAUGAACUCCAUGCUUACAGCUCUGGCUGAAGAGAGCAAGUUCUUCAACUUGAUCAGUUGAGACCUCCACCUCAUCUUUUUCCUGGAGAUGGRAACGUCUGGGCACCUUCAGGAAACUCGCAGAAAGCACUGAUUGGCUGCUUCAGACCUUUGUUUCCGCUGUCUAUGGACCAUGAUAAUCUUCUCUUUUUCAUAGUUAGCUUAGCUGGAGGGACUGUGUUCUGUCUYUAAAGCCAUAUUUUAACAGAAACCCAGCCCAGGGUAUUACUGCCUGUCAGGACUACUGGUGUUUACAAAGUGGUGCACUGAAAACAGACCAUAUUGUGCCUUUCUGGGACAUCACAGCUCAGCACCUGAGGACACACUUAUCAGGAAAUGGACAUGUAGAUACAGGAAGACUGAUCUCUGAUGUGUUUGGAGUUUACCAUUUUAACUUAUGCUGUAUUCUGUGUUUAAACCGGAGCUGCUAACAGCUCCACUUUAUAUCUGGAAUGUUUCCUUUUGCUUUUGGAUUAAAGACGGACCCCAACCCAGCCGGAGGCCCUGAUCCUCAGCUGGAAGGAGACGGACCUCCACCUUCCGGUUGGGGAGAGACGGGCCAGAGAACACGGGUCCAGGAGUGUGGAUGGGAGCGUCCGUUGUUCUGGUCUGUUAUGGAGAUGGAAACCCUCUGUCCCAGCGGACGCCUC